AUGGAGAUGCACCCUGCUUGUAAAAUUCUUGCUCAUUAUACUUCAAACAAAUCUCUUGUGACUGCAUUGCCUCAGUUGACAGCAUUGUUGUAUUCAGAAGUUAUGAAAGAGAAGGCAGUCUCUAUUAAUGUACCAGGAGAGGCUCUGCUGAUUCAAAUAAAAGAAGCUGUUUGCAUUGACUAUCAAAAACUUGAAGCAUUUGCUAAAAUUUUGUGUGAAAUAACACCCACUGCUGAGAUUGGAAAUGCUAUUUUGAGUGAAUACAGAGAAGUGUAUUGCAGUGAUGAAUUAAUUAAACCGAAUGACAGCAAUGUUGAAGAAUGGAAGAUUUAUUUUCCUAUGAAUAUGACUUCAGAAUUUAAGUUGAUGCGAUUGAGUUUGGGGCAUACAUUCUUUAAAGUGGGAUCAAUCAUGAUGAGCAACCCUCAAUCCCCAACUCUUGAUUAUAUUAAGUAUGUUUUGGGUGUAUAUGACAAAGCAUUGAGGCCUCAAGUUGCUCAGUGUCAAGAUAUCCUCAGCAUUCUACAAUUAUGUGCUGGAGUAUUAAUUUUUGUUAAUAAGUUCAAUUUAGAGGAGGCUAAGCCAGUUAUUGAGGAAUAUAAGGAAGCUGUUGAGGAGCUAAAGGAAACUAAACUCAGUCAAUGUUUGAAAGAAAAAUUCUCAUAUGCUUCGCCACUUGAAUGUGAAAUCAUUACCAUUGUCGUUGAUAAAGACGCUAAUGAAUUAACACUUAAGGACGUCCAGAGACUGUCGACAGCUGUUUUUGAGAAUUCAUCACGACAUGUCAAAUUAAAAGUCGUUACAGAUGACAAUUCUUUCACUAUCACUUUUUUCUUCUCUUUGAUUCUAUCUGAGCAGUUAAUUACAGCUGCUCUUAAUAAUAUUGAUGUAUUGAAAGAAAACAAAGUGAAGAGAUUAACCAUUGGAUACUGCACUGUGUAUGAGGUAAAGGACACCUCCACUGCUACUACAACAGAAAUAGAUGAAUACACUUCAUCAUUAUCAACUAGUAGUGGUUUCAUGAAACAAUUAUUGAUGCUGUCAUUGAGUAUACAACUGAUUAAUUGUAAAGAGGAGGAAAUUAUAAUAAUGAAGGAAGAAGCAGAGUCCAUGAAGAAAAUACUGGAUACUAAAAACAAGAUGUUGAGUGCUAGUAUAGCAGAGAGUGAGAGGUUUAAAAAAAUAGCAGCUGAAACUAGUCAGCUACUACAAGAGAAAGUAUCACAUUUAACAGAACAUGAAGAAGAGAUUGAGAAUUCGAAAGAAAUAAAAGAAUUAUUAGAAAAGCAGCUUGCUUUAUUUCAAUCUGAAAAAGAAG